UGAUUGAAGGCAAAACUCAUGGCAUUUCUACUCGAAUCCUUCCUACAAAUUGUGAAAAAUCUCUAUUUUCCUCUCCUGCAUUGCAUCUUCCAUUGUUUUCGCAGCCUAAGCAAUAAAGAUUCUGCAACAUGGAGAGUAUCCAUAGCUUUUGGCAGUUGGGAGAUGACCUUCGAGGGCAAUCAAGAGUCUCAGAGGAUCACAAAUGGUUAAUGGCUGCUUCUAAAUUGGCUGAGCAGACAAGGUCAAAGGGAGAGAGGAGGAACAACCUUGAUUUCUCAAAAGGUCCUACUGAAUUGAGGCCUAGAGAUAAUUUUGGAUUUCAAGAAGAUAACAAAUUUGAAAGCUUUAAUUUCAAUAUGUUAAAUUUGGAUGCCAAAAUGUCCGAAAACAUUGCUAAAAGCCCCAUCAGAAAUGGUAUUUACAAUAUGAAUGCUGUGUAUCAAAAUCCUAAUGUCAAUUUGGGAAAUAUAGCUGGAAGCAAAUAUAGCAAUAACAACCUCAACAAGGAGCCUGUGAAGAGCAGCAGUAACAACAGUAAUAACAAGGAGGAGAACACAAAUGCGAGCAGUGCAGUGGACAAAAGGUUUAAGACUUUGCCUGCAGCAGAGACUCUUCCUAGGGACGAGGUUCUUGGUGGGUAUAUCUUUGUUUGCAACAAUGACACAAUGCAGGAAGAUUUAAAGCGGCAACUAUUUGGUUUACCACCAAGAUAUAGAGACUCAGUGAGGGCAAUAACACCAGGCUUGCCCUUGUUCCUCUACAAUUACACUAAUCAUCAGUUGCACGGUGUUUUUGAGGCAGCGAGUUUUGGAGGUUCCAACAUUGACCCUACUGCUUGGGAAGAUAAAAAAUGUAAAGGCGAGUCGAGGUUCCCUGCUCAGGUAAAGAUUCAUGUAAGGAAACUCUGCAAACCUUUGGAGGAAGAUGCUUUUAGGCCGGUUUUGCAUCAUUAUGAUGGUCCCAAGUUUCGUCUUGAGUUGUCUGUACCUGAGACCUUGGACUUGCUAGAUCUUUGUGAACAAGCAGGCGUGUGGAGCCCUGCUGCUGAUACUCACGGCAUAGCAUGAGGGAAAGUGUGUGUAUUGUGUAGGUUUUGUUCGUAAGUGGGUGUGUGCUUAUCGCGGAUUUUCCAUGGAGCGCAAGCUUGGGAGGCAAAUCUUCAAGAGUAGGAUUGGCUUGUGAGUUUAGUUGGGCCAAAUAAGUGUAGACUAUUGUGUGUUACGAAGAUGCUGGUAGCUUUCACUAUAAUUGAUGUUGUAAUAGUGUAGACAAGUUUUUAAGAAAAGCCCAACUGUAUUUCUAUUUUGUGGAACGAAAUUAAGUACAUGUAUUGCAAAACAAUCAAUUAAGUGAAAGAUGAUGCUAUGUUACUUUUGCUAAUAUGAUUGGAGCAUUUUCAUA